AUGGAGCGAGGAGAAGGACUGGCGGUAUUCCGGUGUGCUCUCGCUGGCCGCUCCUCAGCCCCCGUGAUUAUGACGGGUGUAAUGAUGGUGCAGCAGGUGACUGUAACGAGGAUGUGGGUGUACAGUGGGAGUGGCGAUCGCACUGUCAAGGCAUGGGCUCCCAACGCUGAAUGGCUCCUUCGCCCUACUAGCUCUUAUGGAGGGGCACACAGCACCUGUCUCGUCCAUUCAGGUGGAUUCUCAGGUGGUUGUCAGCGGGUCGUGGGACGGCACCGUUCGUCUCUGGUGGCGACCGGACCACUCCCCGAUGGCCGUACUCGUUUGUAGCAGCCCCACUUUCAGCACCUCAGCAUUCAGAAGCAGCAUGGGCGUGGGGCAGGGACCAGGGA